AUGCUGUAUGAUUUAUCAUACGAUAAGCUAAAGAACAUAUCCAGUGAAAUAGAGAAACAGCAACCAUCUGUUGGCCAGACAUCUGGUUAUGAUUUACCUCUUAAGAGAACAGAAGGUCGACCCAAGUUUGUAACAACUAGAGAACAGCUCGUGAAUCUCCGCGAGACUGGGAUGACCUGGGCAAAAUUUCCUACCUGUUUGAAUGUCAGUGAAAGAACUCUGUACAGACGAGUUCAGGAAUUUGAUAUGGAUGGAAGUUUUUCAGAGAUUUCGAACACGGAACUAGAUGAACUUCUCAAGUCGAUUAUAACAGUAACUCCCCGUGCUGGAGAGAGUUACAUACGUGGAAUUCAGUUUCAGAGGCGCACGAACUCAUCGUGUAGUUUGAGGCCCAAGCACAGAGUUCAUGAUGUGGCUGCAAGUUUUAUUCUGUUUCUAACUGCUGCUGAUGAUUACUAUGGCACGCAAAUUAUUUGGUAUAAACCUCCUCCAGUUGAAAUAGCAAGAAGUUCAAGUGAUAUGUUUGCCCCAAACGUUUCACGACAUUUUAAUGGACAAGCUGCUACACUUCUGUGGGAGUUCAGACUUUCUCAAAAUUUAAGCUUCACUUCAGUGACCGUUAAAUUCAAUUCGGAUACGAUAGUGAGACUUUUGCCAAAUGGAGGAAGUGGUGGGAUAACUGCUGCAUUCAGAGACCGCUUCAGUGUAAACUGGAAUCUCCCUGGAAGAGUUGCUUUGGUUAUUUCUAAGGUUACUAGUGCUGAUGAUAAGGUGAAUGGAGCAUUCAGCUGUGUGGUGGCCACUUUAAGUAAUGGGGACUGGGAGCGUAAGAUUCAAGUGGAAAUAGUAGAGCAAACCCAGUUUACUGGUAAGAGUGGUGACCAAUUCAUUAAUGAGAACUCCGAUCGUGCUUUGUUCUGUAACACAACUGGUAAACCACUUGCCAAUGUUACUUGGACAAGAGUGUUGGAUGAUGGGAGUAACGGCGAUGAGGUGUUUGUUGGAAACCCUUGGUUUAUAAGAGACAUCAAAAGGACCAUGAAUGGAACAUAUCGUUGUACAGCUAGCAAUGGAUUUGGAAAUGCAUUGACCCAUGCAAUGCAUGUCAACGUAACUUAUUCACCCCAGAUUGAAAAUUUUCAGCAUGAGCUCCCAGUAGCAGCAUUUCAAAUUGUUACCCUUCAAUGUCCUGCUGAGGGAAAUCCUCCACCCAAAUAUACUUGGUAUCCAUGCAAAAAAGGAGAAGUUUGUGAUGAGCCAAAACUCAACCUGGGGGAAGUCAGCAGUGAUGGUAUUUACACCUGCAACGUAACCAAUAGUUUGGGCAGUGAUGCGGAAAGUGUUGUCCUUUCCAUAGCAGCAAAAACAGUAAAUAUAUCCCUACGCAUCACAAGUGAAAAGUGUACCGGCGGAAAAUAUGAUACAAGCUCAAUGAAGGAAAAGCUCAGUGGCUUGAUGGACAUUAUCUUUAAGGCACAGGAUCUUGACUACAACAGCGCAGAAGUCACGGGCUACAGGUGCGGCAGUGUAACUGUUUACAUGGCAUUGAAGUUUAACUCCAUUACCAAAGAAAAAGAUGUGAUUGCAAGAAUUCGCACUGCUGUAGAGAAUGGGACUACAGGAGGUUUUACAUUUAAUGUCUCAUCAAUAACUGGGACAAGAAUUCCUCCCGAAAAAGCCACAACAGUGCCAACCUCGCCUACCGGCUCACCUGGAGGUUUAAAGUUGUGGAUGAUUAUCCUCAUCGUGGUUGGGGUGCUAUUUCUUGUUAUUUUGGUUGGAAACAUAUGUUGCUGGUGCUUCAGCGCAACGAUUUGUAUUGUUGUCGUCAUUCGAUUUAUCCGUAAAUGUAUAUGCAAGGAAAAUCAGGAUUCAAAGGAAGUCCAUACUAAUGAAUGCCAAGACACGGAGAGGGAUAGGGGUUAUGCCUCAGCUGACCACCAGUAUGCAGUUACGGGUCCUAAUGCCACCUAUCGAGCCUCCAAUCCAUCUUCUUCGCCUCUAGCGACUUAUGAAAUUGCCAAUAGGGAGUCUGAGGGAAGAAGAGGGCGUGGAGCAAGUGCACCGAAUGAGCCACUCCCAGAAUACGCAGUGGUCAAUAAAACCAAGAAGAAAAAGAGGACACCUAAACCUGGUGAGCUUCAGUAUGCUGAACUUGGUGACCUAACCGGUCGUGGAAAGAAGGCAACACUACCACCUGUUAGUGGUACGAGUACCGUGUAUGCAGAAGUUAAUUAGUAGAAGAUGUGUGCAGCUAUGUCAAUGGAUCAUAAGUAAUCACGUGGGUGAGACAAUCGCGGAAACGGUGAAGGAUGUGUAGCUUUACGUUGUAAAAAUAUUUUUAAGAUAUGGCAGAUAACAUGUAUACAUGGAACUGUUCUGCAAGUGUCUGUUACUUCAGAUGCUAUCAGAACUGCUGAAAUAUUCUGCCAUAAGGUGAAGCAUAAUACAUAGUUCUAAGUUUGCAGUAAAAUAUGGGAGAGGAUUCAAAUCUUGUUACAUCUUACCGAUUAGAUGUUCCACCUAUAUAGCAGAAGAGUCACAGAAGAGUCACAGUUGGCAUUAUCUUAUUCAGGAAAUCUUAAUUUCGCGUUUAUUUUCGACUUGCUAAUUUCUGCCCUCGCGAUUUACAAAACUAGUUUCGUCAAUAUGCGAACGCAAGCAUAUUCCAUGUAGCAACGUACGAAGAAUAGCUUUUUGAUACCUGGUUCUUUCUCUGAAAAGAAAGAAUCAAGGAUCCGGAAACAAUUAAGAUUCAAUUUUUGAACCUUGUAGAGUAUCUGUGAUCAUUCCUCAAACUUAGAAAACAUGCAACACCUUUUAUUCUGCGGGAGUGUUCACAAUGUUAGUGCUUAGGAGAUCAAGGAUAAGAAAACAAGAGAACCGCUAACUUAGCGUUGUCGCUCUCAGCUUGAUAAUCCUUUUAAUGGUUUCCUAUGACGGCACACUUACAUUUUUCCUGAUAUUCAUGGUUUUCUAAGCUUGACAGUAUGUCACUUUUGCCUAAUUUGGGAGAGUGGAAUGUUGUUCAGCAGUUUGUAUGCAAAGGUGGUUUAAUUUGAUUAGCGAGCUUUCAGUUUCCCCUUAAUUGGCUGUUUAUCGUAUGAAGGAUUAGAUUAGAUAUUCAAGCGGAACCGCUGCAGCUUAAAAGUAUAUUUUCCUAAAAAUCACGAAAUGGUGCUACUUAGUGGCUAAUCCAUUGAUUUUCGCAUAUUUUGCACUCCCCACAAUUUAUCAAAUAAAUUACUUAGCGAGUUCUUAAACUUUCAAGCACGCACAUUUUAUAAAAUACUGCAGUUAAUUAGAAAAAUUGUUAAUAUCAGAUUCGACGUUGAAAAGAAUGUGUGGCAGAUCGAAUGUAGUGACCUCCUUUUGUCUUUCUUUCUUGGUGAAAAUUGGAAGAGAUCUUCGAUACUAGCGAGCGCCUCAUAUGUGAAAGGUUAUUUUGAAAUCGGAAAUAUGUGAAGACUUCCUCCAAGAAAAAAAGGUUGGGGAGGUUUCGUGCGAAUUUGUAUCCUGAGGUAAUUUUUUUUGUAUUGUUUAUUCUUUCAAAUGGUCUUCAAGAUUUCAGUGCUAUUUCUAGUGACAGGUAGCAUUAUUAUGUAUUUUUAACUUUUUCCUUUAAGUGGGAAUUUUUUGAGUAUAAUUUCUCUAUAUGUUACCAUGUAUGAGCAUAGUACCUUUGAGAAAUUUGCAUUUGGCAUAUUCUGUUUUGUGAUGGCGAUUUCUCUCUCGUUUUCUCCUGAUUAAUUAUGUAAAUUUUCCUUGAUAAAUUAAGCGUGAUUUUCCUCUAUUACAAUUUAUCGAAACAGUAAUAAUUACGUAGAUUUGAGAGGGUCCCCUUCUAGAGUUUAUGUAACAAUUAGGUGUGAUUGGUUUGAGAUUAAGUGGUAGUUUAGGAUCGGAAUCUUGUAUUUGCACUUUAAUGGUUUUUUUUUUCUUGGUUUUGUUUCUUUUUGUUUUUGGGUUAGGUUAUCUUAUUUCUCAAAUAUUUAAGAGAUAGAAGAAUUCAAUACAACUAACUCAUUAAGCAUAGGGCUCAAAGUACCGUUCGCGAAUUCAAGAUGUUAGCAAUGUGGCCCUUUAUCGGAUAAGAUUCCUACCCCCAUUUUCACGAGUUACAAGACAUACAAUCAAUACUUGUGAAAAAUGUUCGUGGUUUGUAUGACGCGGCGUUUCAUCUCGGCCUAAAGACUCAUCAGAUACUUUUUGUAAGGUUCCAGCGAACUUGUCGAGCACUGCGCAUCAUCGAACAUCGGGCAUACCGUAGGGGAAUUAAGAAGGAAUUAAUUGAUAUUCCUGGACUUUUCUUUAACCCAUUAACGUCCAGUGCGCCCAUGGGGACCCACACCCUUUCUACGCCCUGUGACGUCAUCACUUUUAACCCUGGAGCACGAAUUCGAGCACCUACUUGAACAAGUUGAAAAUAUCCUACAGACGAUAC